AGCGUACAAUAGAAUUGUGUAUUGUGUAUAUUGGUCCAUGUACAAGGAAGUUUAUUUAUACUCAAAAUCACGUUCUUCAAAUUUACAUACGCAUACUUUUUUUAUAACAAUUAUAUAGAAAAUUCUAAAAACAUUAAAACACAUGUUUAAAAUGUUAUAUCAAUCGUAUUCACUGAAUGCGUUAGACUUUUCGAUAUAACCUAAAAAUAUAUAAACUUUAAUAAAACGAAGUCUUACUAUUCUUUUUUAUUCAUGUGGUUAUUGUAGAAAUAUUUUAAUUAAUUUAAUGCAUAUUAUUAUUUAUUAAAUGAAGUUGUAUUGAAUAAAUGUAAAUCUCUUCAAAUCAAAGUUUAAAAGACACAUACAAAUAUGGCUCGUAAUGCUGAAAAGGCUAUGACCACCCUUGCGAGGUGGAGGGCAGCUCAAAGUAACGAAGGAGCUAGAAAAGAACAAGAAAGAAGACCUUAUUUAGCCUCCGAGUGUCGAGAUUUGAGAAAAGCUGAGAAGUGGAGAAUGCAAAUCAUUAGAGAAAUUGCAAAGAAGGUUGCUCAGAUACAAAAUGCUGGUUUAGGAGAAUUUCGAAUUCGUGAUCUAAACGAUGAAAUUAAUAAAUUGCUUAGAGAAAAGAGACAUUGGGAAGCACAAAUAAAAGAACUCGGAGGACCAGAUUAUUCUCGUGUAGGACCACGAAUGCUGGAUCACGAAGGACGAGAGGUACCUGGAAAUCGUGGUUAUAAAUAUUUUGGUGCUGCAAAAGAAUUACCAGGAGUGAGAGAACUCUUUGAACAAGAACCUCCACCACCCCCUCGUAAAACACGUGCAGAAUUAAUGAAAGAUAUAGAUGCCGAUUAUUACGGAUAUAGAGAUGACGACGACGGAAUUUUGUUACCGUUGGAGCAAAAAGCGGAACAUGAAGCAAGAGACAAAACUAUAGAAGAAUGGCUACAACAGAAGAAUAAAGAAUCAGAUUCAGAAGAAGAAAUAGAAACGACUUCACAAAAACCUAUUCCAUCGCAGCAAGAUAUACAAGAAGCAUUACUUGCAAGAAAAAAGAGAGAACUAUUGGAGAAAUAUGUUCUCUGACUGACACUUUAUUUUUUAUGCUCUUAAUAACAACUAUUCAUAAAUUUAUUUAAUUGUAUCAGAGUACAUUUUUAUAAAACGCGAUAAAUAUAAUUAUUUAUUUGUAAGUAUGUAAUAACAUUGAUCAAGGUAAUUAUUUUGUGCAGUAGACGUUUAAACUUUAAUCGUUACUUAUCGAGAAAAGGGUGCUGUAGAUAAAAUAUAAAUAAAAAUCCGAUGAGAUAGUCUGUUUAUAA